GGGUCUUAUAUUUCAUCAUCCCCUAGCAUAAACCAUGCACCACCAACACCGAUCCAAUUUCAUAAGUGUGCUAGGGCGAUGAUGAAAUACAAUUUCAUAUGUACCCAAUAAAGAAUCUGACCAAACACAAUAAUUGAGUGUUCGCCCGUGAAUCUCUCUUGGGAUUAAAAACAAAAACAAAACGAAACAAUAAAGAAGGGACAUCAUCUCUUAUACCCACCCUCCUUAUCGGUCAAUCUUUGAAAGACAUGAAACAAAAAAGAAAAAAUAUAAAAUGGCGAAUUGCUGGAAUUUACAGUUAACCCUAAGGAAGGUAAACUAUUUACGGGUUUUACCAAGUUUAACCGGAGGGAAAACCGAAUCGAAUUGAAAUACGAACCAAAGAUCAUAAAUUAGACUUAACCGUCCCCAAUCCAACUUAAACCCUCCGAUCCAAUCUCGAUUUUAACCAUCUCGAACCCGAAUCCAAAUAACCACUCAAUUUCGAUUUAAACCAAGUGGAGUCUCUCCAAUUUCCCUUUAUUCUUUAUUUCUAUUUCUCCCUCCCCCCCCUCUCUCUCAAACGGUUUCCCCUAAAUUCGAAAACGUAUCCCAACCCUAGAACAUCCCACUUCGAUUCCUUCGAUUUCCCUUCGAUUAUUCACCGAAAACGUGUGAAUCAUGGUUGAAACUAGGCUGGGUAAGAGAAAGGAUAGGCUUCCUCCAACGGAUCCUCCUCCGCAAAAGAGCGGGACCUCGAAGAACUCGAAGAAGAACAAACCGAAGAACUUGAAGAAGAGAAAAACGACGGAUGAGGAAUCAUCGGCGGUUGAAUUUGUUGGAACCGUGGGAGUUGCGGAGGAGAAUGAAGUAGAAGAACCGGCUAAGGAUGUAGAAGAUCGGGAGAAAGAGAAAGAAGAAUCGGAGAAGGAGAAAGAAAGGGAAGAAGAAAAUGGAGACGAAGAUGAAGAGGAAGAAGGAAACAGCGAUGCAUCUCAAGAAGAGAAAGAAGAAAAUGGAGACGAAGAUGAAGAGGAAGAAGGAAACAGCGAUGCAUCUCAAGAAGAUAAAGAAGAAAAUGGAGAUAAAGAUGAAGAUGAAGAAGGAAAUAGCAAUGAAGAAGUAGAGAACAAAGAUGAAGAAGAAAUACAAGAGGAGGAAGAGAACGGGACUCUCCCGACUCCCGAAGAGAACGGGACUCCCGAAGAGAACAGAGGUCAAAACGAAAAUGAAAAUCAAGAAGAAGGAGAGAAGGAACCCCCAUUGGAAGCGGAAUCAGGAAAUGUUGAUGGUGAUGGUGACGGGGUUCUCGGGCAAGGAGAAGAGGAAUUAGAGGCAACCGAGGCAAUCAAACCGUUGAGGAUGUACUUCUAUGAGUCGGAGUACAAGAAACAAAUAAAGAUAGCGACCAAAUGUUUCGUCAAUGACGUUAUGGUUACAUUUGCUAAUCUCAAACCGAAGAUGAGUGAUACUGAGAGGAAGUGGUUUGAGAAGCAUCCACAAUUCUGUCACGUGUUCCACAUGGAGAAGGACUCAAACCACAUGGUCCAAGGAAUGUGGAUGUUGCUAUUGCGGACAGUGGAUGGCUCGAAGAGGAAGGAAGUGUGGUUCAUUGUGAAUGGUGUUCCCAUCCGCUAUGGCCUGAGAGAACACGCUUUGAUCUCAGGUCUUAGCUGCCGCAACUAUCCACUUGGGUAUAAGGAGUUUGGUGAUAGAAAGUUCGUGAAGCGCCAUUUUAAGAAGGGAGAAUCAAUAAGGCUUGAGGAUGUCAAAGCGAAGCUGUUGGCUAUGGGAGAACACAGAGACCGGCUGAAGAUGAUGGUUUUGUUCUUUUUAGGAAGUGUUAUCUGUGCGCAAACGAAAGUAGGAAAAGGCGCCAAAGAUGUUUUGGAAUUCUUCCAAAGAGCUGUGGACGAUCUCGAGUUCUGCGAAAACUUUCCAUGGGGGAGGUACUCGUUUGAUUACAUGGUUAAGGAGAUAUCGCACACCAUGGAUCAUUUUGGAGGUCGGGUUAGAGAGAAGACUUUAUGGCCACUUCCAGGUUUCUGUCUGCCACUGGAGUUGCUUGCUUUUGAGGCAAUUCCCAAGUUUGGAUUGAAGUUCAGACAAGAGGUUGAAGACGUCGAUAUAGACUGUCCUAGGAUGUGCAGAUCAGUCUUUAAAUCAGCAGGGAUGAAAGGGUUCUCACUUUCAAAAUUGAAUCGGGAACUGGACAAAAUAACGUCAGGGGAUAUCCACAGCAUCCUUCCUACCAAGACAGAAGAAGAAGUAGCUCUUUUGGAAGAGCUGACUGAAGAGGAGGACGACGUUGAUGUCGAUGAUAUUUCUAUUGACAGUUGGGUAAAGCGUCUUGCAGAAGGACAUUCAGUCUUUUUUGAAGAGAUGUAUGAUGUAGACGUUGCUGCGCGUGAUCCAAAUGCACAAGAGGCUGUCGACGAAGAUCAGGAUGACGAAGAUCAGGAUGACGAAGUAGGUGGAGAGGAAGGAGGCGCAAGCCAGAAGAAGAUGAUGGAGGAGUUGAUCAAACAAGUGAAAAUGAUUGGCACUCAGCUAAAGAGAGUUAAGAAGACAAUGGACAAGUUUGAGGAAAGGAUGGUGGUUCCGUUUGAGGCGUUUAUGAAGAAAGCUAUGGAUGAAGGGCAAGGAAGCGGGGAGUGAAGAACUCGGUUAUGUAUUUUGUAAACUCGGUUAUGUAUUUUGUGGGAAGUUGGACCCAUUAUUUUGUUGUUGUGUGGAUGUUGGAAACCUCUUGACUUUUUAGGUAUGUUGGAUGGAACUUGUUCUUGUUAUCAUGGAUGUUGCAAUCUUGUUAUCAUGGAUGUUGCAAUCUUAUAUUUUGAAUGUGCCUCUUAAGGAAAACUAGGAAAAGUAGGAGAACUUAAUGAAAACUAGGACAACUAGGAGAACUUAAUGAAAACUAGGAAAACUAGAAAUACUAGGAAAACUAGAAAUACUAGAAAAACUAAUUCUUCAACACCACACUUAAACUAAGCAUACAAUUCUUCAAACUUCCUAACAAUGUCAUCUUCUUCAUUUUCGUCAUUCCCGCCCUUCCCUGUCUUCUUCUUCUCCAAAUGACUUUUCAUUUCAGAAAUGAUCUUCUGUAAUUGCUCAAUCACUUUAUUCUUCUCUCGGAUUUCAUCACGGGUUUGAAGCAAUGCUCUCCUUUGCCAUUCUGUACCAUCCUCUUCAUCGAACCAAGAGAAGUACUUGCAUUCAUUUCCAAGCUGCAAUAAGGGGAAGGUCAAAAUUCAAACCCAAUUCAAAUCCAGAUUCCAUUAUAUCCAGAUUCCAUCAUAUAUUCAUACCUUAAAGCGCGGACAGCCAUAAAAGUGUCGACCAGGAUUUUUGUCAGUCCAAGCUUGCCUUAUUUUCGCUGGCAAGCCACAGUGACACAACCUCAGACAAGAAAAUCGGCGGCUCCUUUGCGAUAAAGACGAACCCGAACCCGAACCCACUUCCAUCUUCACUUUUUCCAUCUCACUUGCUCGGCGAGGGGGGGGGAAGAGAAUUCGAUUCUCGAAAUAGAGAGAGAGAGAGGGAGAGGAAAUGGGGAAAUGGGAGACCCGAAAUAGAGAGAGAGGCUAGAGAAAAAGGGGAAAAAGUCAAACUGAAAGGGGCCCAACUGAAAGUGAGAUAUUAAAAUGAGAUAAUUGCCCAAAAAAAAUUUGUUCUUAGUUAUACCCAAGAUACUAGUAUUCCCAACUUUGGUCAUAGUUAUAUUUUUGUCGGUUUCUAAUUUAUUUAGUGUUACUAAUCUAUUUAAAUUGGUUAUCUAGUUUUACCUUCAAUAUUACUAGUUUAAAUUGUUAUUUAUAUAGUUCCAUGCAAUUAUAUUUAGCGAAUAGAUAUAACUCGAAAGUUUCGUUUGUAAGAUGUCUUUGGCCAACAAAGUGUUAUUGGAAUUGCAAGGUCUCGUAAGAGAUACGUGAGAGUUUUUUUCCUAAAUUUCAGAAAUUGAUAACCGAGUUUUGUUAUAAAUAGACAAGGAAUCCAACAAAGAUUUUUUUCCUAAAUUACAUUAA